AUGGAGGAAUCAGAAGCUAGCCUAUCCGGCGCGAGCGUUGCAAAGAAAAGGAAGACAUCGAAAGAUGUAGAUAAAGGGCCAGCUAAAGAUAUCGAGAAAACUAAACCAUCGGCACCGUCAUCAUUAGACUCAUCAAGGACUCAAGAAUCUGGAAACUCUAAAAAGGAUGAUAAGACUGGAACACAGGAAGGAUCUAUUUGGAGCGAGACAAAGACAAAGGCCGGCAAGGAUCGCAAACGUCUGCCCCUGGCAUGUAUAGCUUGUCGUCGUAAGAAGAUUCGCUGCUCUGGCGAAAAGCCCGCAUGCAAGCAUUGCGUCCGUGCUCGCACCCCAUGCGUUUACAAACAGACUGCUCGAAAAUUCGUCCCCCGAACGGAUUAUAUGGCCACCCUCGAUAAGCGUAUGAAACGGAUGGAAGAACGUUUGCUUAAAUAUGUAUCCAAGGAUCAAGCUUCAGCAUUAGGGCCGAUUGCUCGGUCCGUAGUGAAGCCAAAUCCGGCAGUUUUGCAAAACUUGAGCGAUCCCCAAGGGAACAGUCGGAAACGUAGCGCAGAAAAGGCAUUUUCUGAAGAAGCUAGGAAGAAGCCGGCUUUGGUUCCAAAGGUCUCGGAAUCGACGCAGCCCUUGUCUGUGAAACGGAGCCAGGGAGAUGUCAGCGAUGAGAUGCUCGAGGAAGGGAAGGAUAAACUUCCGAGUAGAGAGCUUCAAGAGCAUCUAGUCGAAGUUUACUUUGAGUGCGUUUAUGGACAGACUUAUUUAUUAUUACACAAACCGUCCUUCAUGCGACGGUUCAAAAAUGGAACAGUCCCACCAGUCCUUAUCUUAGCCCUAUGCGCAGUAUCCGCCCGGUUCUCAAACCACCCAACCAUCCGGAAGGACAUGCCUUUCCUCGCGGGCGAAGAAUGGGGCAUUGAGGCUGGCCGAAUCGUCCGCGAAAAUUUUGAUAGGGCAAAUCUUACAAACCUCACCGUCUUGCUCCUCCUCGGUCUGCACGAACUCGGAACUUGCAAUGGCGGAAAAAGUUGGGCUUAUGGUGGAAUGGCCAUGAGAAUGGCAUACGCCCUACAGCUCCACAAAGAAAUCGAUAACGACCCGUUAGGCAUUCCGACGAACAGCUCGAUGUUACACCGGAACCCGAUAUCCUUCACAGAUCGAGAGAUUAGAAGGAGACUGAUGUGGGCGUGUUUCUUCAUGGACCGGUUCAACUCAUCUGGCACUUCCAGACCGCAGUUUCUCGAUGAAGCAGAUAUUCAUAUUCAACUACCGAUAAAGGAAAGAAUGUUUAUUACGGAGCGACCCGGCUUGACAGAAGAUGUUAAUGGGUCCGUGGACCAAAUCGAAACAGGCGGAAGAGACGAACUAAGGAACGUUCAGGCAAAUAUGGGAAUUGCAGCCUUCAACGUUCGAGUUGUGACAUUAUGGGGUCGAGUUAUGAAAUACUUGAAUCAUGGCGGCAAGGAGAAAGACGUGGCACAAAUAUGGAUGCCGGAAUCAAAUUUUGCGAAACUAAAUGCACAAGCUCAUAAGUUACGAGAUACCCUCCCAGAGGCUUUGGUGUAUAAUGAAAAGAACCUUAAUUCGCAUGCUGCCGAGAAAUUGGAGGGCCAAUUUGUCUUUUUGCAUAUCGCCAUCCACCAGAUCUUCCUAAUCCUACAUAGAUUCUCGAUACCGCUGCGGCCGGGUGUCAAGCCUGCUAAUGGAUAUCCAAUGGAUUUCCUGCGGUCAGCUGUGCAAAUAAGCUUCAAGGCUGCGAACACCAUUGCAACAAUAUUUGCAGACGCCCUGGAUCGAGACUAUGGAGUUUACGCACCAUUUUUGGGUUAUACCUCGUUCGCAGCUGCUACCGUUCAUGUUGUGGGAGCUUUCUCUAAGAAUCAGACCAUUGUCACAACCGCAAAAAAGAAUUUGACAGUCUGCGUAAAGUACCUCACAAAGAUGGCGAGGUUCUGGGGUGUGUUUUAUCCGCUUUGGGAUAAUCUGAGAGAUCAGUAUGAUCUUCAAUCUAGAGCAGCGCAAAGUCCCGGUUCCGUGGAGGUAGAAUCGGGAGAGGAACCUUCGAAUAUUCUGCAGUAUGGUGACUGGUUUACCAGGUUUCCACGAGGAGUCGAUCAGCAGGGGGCCCGACCGGGAGACAACGGAAGGAGUACUGUACCUGGUGAAUCCGAAGUGGUUGAAUCCGCUCUCGUAAAACCCGAAACUUUGGACGAGUUAGUGCGGAAAGACAGUAAUCCAGUGAUGAGGAAAGGGUCAGAUAUGGAGACACCGGAUGAGUUUUUGAAGAAAUUGCAAGAAGCCGCUGCAAUAUCAGCAACGAUGAAGAAAACGAUGAAGAGGAAAGCAGCAGCCUCGACAGCAAAGGCAGCAGGGUCAUCAGUCCAAGGUGUUCAGCAUCCAGUAUCACACGUCCGAACAAGCACUGCUACGAAAACUGAAAAGCCUCUGCAAAAUAUUACAUAUCCAAGACAGUCUAAUCAUCGGCCAGUCAAUGGGGCCCAGCAAACGAGGAGGCAUAGCAGCAGCACAGUUGACCGGCCUUCAUUUCCGAGUCCUCUUGCCACCGAAACAGGGCCAUUUGACAAUCAUUUCCCUCGAUCCGCAAUCGAAACUCGCGGCCCAUUUUCAGCGGCCCAUACCUCGCCUUCAUCUGGAGCAUCAGACAUAUCCCUUCCAAGACAUGAAUUUCCCACAGAUCCCAUACAAGCAGCGGCAGUCCUUGGAGCAGCAGGAGUACCCACCACAGCUGGUUUCCCAAUGCACCAAAUCACAUUCGCGGGAUCAGCUGAUAUACACCAUCAAAAUCAGACAUCGCAUGGGAGUCCGUGGGGUUACCAGGGUGAUCUUCCUGAAGGGUUCCUUGCGACUCCGUCUUGGUUUAGUGGCAAUAUCGGCGAGUUUGGAACCCCUAUGAAUGGAUUUACUGCACCGCACGAAGAGAUGCUUGCGACACAAGAUAAUGGGUGGUUUCUACCAUUCAACUUUAGUCCGCCCGGAACCGAAGGUCUCGAAUUCAAUGCGGGAGGCGGAGGCUUGCAUCAAAUGUUUGAAGGGGUCGUGGGAAGCGGAGACACAGAAAGCGGGACGACUAUUGGCGAUAUCGCGCAUCCAGCCCAAGGAAGUGAUGGGUCACCUGGCAUGGGGUACCAUGGUUGA